AUGAUAAUCUCUUUAUUGAAUCAUAAUGUAGUCGAGUGGUGCAGCAACCAGUUUCAAUGUGCAGCAAUGAACGACACAGUAGUAAAAAGUGUGACUGGACCUGUACUGGAACAGAGAACUUGGAAAAUUAUCGUAGUGGGUGACAUGAACACUGGAAAGACUUCUAUCAUUGAACGGUACUGUGACAAGCAUUUCAUCGAAUACUAUCGACCUACAACAGGUAUUGAUUUAAAAAAGAAAACUAUCAAUUUCGAGAACAAAAACAUCGUUUUAAGUGUUUGGGACACAGCUGGAACUGAAAAAUAUCAAUCUUUAAUUCAGUUGUACUACAGAGGAGCAAUGGGAUUAUUUAUUAUCUACGACUUUACAAAUUUAAAUUCAUUACACAACUUGGACAUAUGGAUGAAAAAUAUUGAUGAUUUUGCUCCUUCAAAUGUGGUAAGAAUUUUGAUCGGUGCUAAAUGUGAUAUGGAAUCAAACAGAAUGGUGUCAACCGAAGAAGGAAAAUUGGUGGCAAAACAUUUUGGAAUACCCUUUUUUGAAGUAUCUUCUAAAAACAAUAUAAACAUAGACGAUUCAUUUUUGAGAAUGGUUUCAUUGAUAAACGAGAUGGAAUCUGAAAAUACUAUUAAAAAGGAUUUUGUGAUCUUAGAAGACAAACCAACAGCUUGUGACAUUGACAUCCCAUCUAAAUGUAACUGUUGA